AUGAGACUGGAAGGCAAGGUCGCGCUCAUCAGCGGCGGGGCGAGAGGAAUGGGGGCCACGGAGGCAAGGAUGUUCGCGCAGGAGGGAGCGAAGGUCAUUAUUGGCGACGUCCUGGAUGAGGAAGGUCGACAGACUGAGGCAGCCAUCAAUGAGAGCGGCGGAGAGUGCGUGUUCGUGAGGUUGGACGUGACCGACGAAUCCGCUUGGGAAUCGGCAGUCGAAACGGCGGUGAGCCGCUUUGGCAAGCUGGACAUCCUAGUGAACAACGCUGGCAUCGGCAUCGUGAACAACGUGGAAGACACUAGCGGCGACGAGUGGGACCGGGUGAUGGACAUCAAUGCCAAGGGGGUCUUCCUGGGAACAAAGGCGGCCAUACCGGCGAUGCGGGAUGCGGGCGGCGGCUCGAUCGUCAACAUCUCAUCCAUCGCAGGGAUCGUGGGCGGUCGAACCUCCUCCUAUGCCGCCAGCAAAGGCGCCGUUCGGCUGCUCACCAAGUCCACGGCCAUCCAGUAUGCCCGCGAAGGCAUCCGCUGCAACUCGGUGCACCCUGGAGUCAUCGAUACGCCGAUGACGCAGCCCAUGAUGCUGAACAGCGCAGCCGGUCGCGAAGAGAACGCGGCCCGGCACCCCAUGAAUCGCAUCGGCCAGCCGGAGGACAUUGCCUUCGGCGUCCUGUUCCUGGCGUCGGACGAGGCGUCGUUCAUGACCGGCAGCGAGCUGGUGAUUGACGGCGGUCUUACCGCGCAGUAG